GAAGCAACAAGUAUCCACUUACUUGCUCGGCGUUGAUGAUCCGCGUGCCGGUCGCUUGAUAGCGUCUAGUCUUGAGCGUAAAGGAAACGGGCAUGCGCAGUGCUACCAACUGCCAUUCAAAUUGUCGCAGAAUACUUGUGUGGGUGGUUGGUUGUUUGGCUGGUUGGUUCAGCCUUUGUUGACGUUCCGAGUUAGCGCGUGUUGGCGCCGUCGUACUCGUACUUGUUGCUCGUUUGUCUGUCUGUCAGUGUUAGUUGGCUGCCUGCCUUUCGUACUGUUAUACGAUGGCAUUUCAUUCGAAUCCACAAGUGGCUAUGCGGCGGCCUCAGUGCUUCCGGUUCAAUCUGUCUGCUUAGUUGUGCAUUUGCCGCAGCGGGAAUCACUCGGCGCCGUCGUGGUUCGUCAUCUUAUACCGUUCAAAGAGUAUAUUUUGAAUUCAUGUGUGCAGCGCAACAAGUGCUAUUUCAGUGGCAUAGAAAAUUUCAUUAAAAAUUAACUGAAAGUUAAAUUAAUUUGUGAUCCAAAUCGAAAUUAAAUGUGUACACGAAGUAUGUUAUUGAGUUUUAUAAAAAUUAACAAUACUUUCGUUAGAAAGAAACCUUAAAAUUUGUUGAAAGAAAGAUAUCUUACAGUAUCUCAUAAAAAAAUUGAAAAAAUAUUUUAACGGAAAAAUUCAAGUUAAACAGCUUUUAAAGUGAUCAUACUUUAAGAAAACGGUAUUGGAAAAAAAUCAAAAUGGGUUCAAACCAUAUUUCGGAUAUACUAGUCUCGCACGAAUAUAUGACUAUGGAACAACAACAUCAAAUGCAUCAACAUCAAAUUAACCCCAACGUGAAUCCUGAGAAUCCAAGAUCACCUAUUGACUUACAGGAGGGACCAUCGCGACCAGUACGACGAGCCAGUCAAAGGACUACACAGUUAAGCAAUAAUAAUUAUGAGAUGGAAAUGACAGAUUCAAGUUCACAGAGCGAUGAUACAAGCGGCGGCGGUGGUAGCAGCAACGGUGGCAGUGCACGCCCAUCCAGUCGAGCUAGGAAUUCCUUAACGGGCUCCACACAAAGCCGCCGCAGGAAAGGCGUUCUCAAUGCAAAGGAGCGUAAUCUGCGGCGAUUGGAGUCAAACGAGCGCGAACGCAUGAGAAUGCACAGCUUAAACGACGCUUUUCAGUCGUUGCGUGAAGUUAUUCCACACGUGGAAAUGGAGCGUCGCCUAUCUAAAAUUGAGACUUUAACACUGGCCAAAAACUACAUAAUAAAUUUAACGCAUAUAAUUCUCUCGAAGCGCAAUGAAGAGUCAUCAUUGGAUUUGAAUGGUGUCAUUUUGAAUGGCGCCACCACCGAUCUUAGCGGCAAUGGUGGUAUCGGCGGAGUUGGCGACGUUGGACUCGGCGUUGGUGUUGGCGUUGGCAUUUUAAAUCUAAAUACUGGCGUUGGCGGCAAUAGUUCUGGGCCUGGCCCUGGACCUGGACCUGGACCCUGUUAUGAUGACGUUCUUACAAAUGGCACAAAUUCAUACGAUUGCGCCUUGGCUGCGACAGAUGUGGUGAAUCAGCAACCUCGUCUUACCACCGCCACCACGACCAUACAAAUACAGAAUCAAAGUCUCAGCCAUAUGCAGCCACAAUUGUCGCAACAUCUAAUGCAAGCGAAUCACAAUCAAUUGAUGUUACAACAACCGACAACUACAUUACUACUCAACAAUGGUUUUGAUGCGAGCGAUAACAAUAAUAGUUAUGAUGAACCAUUUCGAGAAUUUAUAUAAAUCCGAAAAUUUACAAAUAUACACUCAAUUUCACUACGUAGAAUAAUUAAGAAAAUUGUAAACUCAUUGGAUAGUUUGGAUACGAAAGAGUUGCUUAACCAUAAUUGAUUUGAAAACUUGUACAUAAGGUAGAAAAAAUCGUUUCACGUAAUUCAUAUUGAAUAAACAACAGUUAUUUUUUAAUUUCACCGAUUUACUUAGUUAUAGUAUAUAAAGAACUGGGAAAAUGUAUAUAGUUUUAGAAGUUAUUAAAUAUCAUUGUAUACUUGAACUCAGAUAUUUCAAUAUUUUAAGAAAAGUUUCCUACUAAAACAGGUCAACUGCAACGAAUUGGUGUUAUGUAACCAAAAUUUGUCAAGUUCGCAGUAUACAGAGUGACACUAAGGUGCAGAUUGAACUGAUUUUAAUGCCUAUUUGUCUCUUUGAAAAUUUUAAUUUAAUAAACAUAUUAUUAUAAACAAAUUAUUACAAUAAACCUUCGACCAAAAAGGCUUAAGGUCGAUAGUAUUUUUUUAAGGGGCCCUUAGCUGUUUAAAUUUCUUAACUAAUGGAACUGAACUUACGCUAUUACGGAGACAUUUUUAAAAUGAGCAGGUUUUAAAACACUUUAUUGGCAUUUUCUUAAAAGGGUUGCCAUAUACUUUUAAUUGUACAUUUAAGCAAAUUAAAAUAUUGUACAAAUUCAAUAUUUCAGUUUGGAAUCAAAGAAAAUUUAUUUAAAAGAAGUUAUUUGAAACAAUAAAGUGGUACAACUACUCCAAUAGUAGUUUUUUUUUAAUUCAAUAGGUGAUUCUAUUAAGAUACUUUAGUAUCUUAGUUUAAAAAAGCCAACUUCAAAUAUAUGCAAAUAUCUUUAUAAGAAAGUUACUAGUGGUCUUUCCUUGUGACACGUAUCUCACUUCUAUCCUGCAAGAAAAGGUGCACAUAAUCUGUUUUAGGGUUUCCUAAAUAACUAAAUUAUAUAUAACAGUAUGACUUUGGCUUCCUCAAUUGGAUUAUUAUAUAAACUGUUAAUUUAAUUUAAGUUUAAAUCUUCCGACCCAUAACAUUUUUACAUUAGUUGAAAUUAUCCAAGGCGUUUAUUUUCGUUACCGCAUACUUUUAUACUGUAAUUACGUAAUUCAAAAAUUAAAAUAAUGUACAUACAUAUGUAUCAAAACUUGAGAAAUGCUGUAUGUCACCUUAAAAAGUAGAAAACUUGAUCAGUGUUAUUAGAUUUAUAUAUAAUAACUACUAAAUGGAUAUUAGCGUUAUGCGAUAGUUACUUAUGUAAAUGAACAGAUGUAAUGUAUAAAAUCAGCCAAUUCAUAAAAGACAAUUAUGUGACAGUUAUGGAAAUAAAAGACUACACCAUUUUGUCUCAAAAGUCGCGAUAAUUUUUUGCAGUGUCCUAUAGUGUUCCAAGCUCAAAGAUAGAUGGUAAAUUUUUUGAAAAAUCUCGAAUAAAGCCAAAUUAUUCAUUGUUAUAACUUCUUAUUGUGAAAUAUAUAAACUUCUUUACCAUUUAUGGGAAACCUGAGCGAAAAUGAAACAUUGAGGGUUGUUAGAGGUUUUAAUGUUCUACAAAUACAUUCUUCAGAAAUAAUAAUUAGAAGGCCACAAUAAGGAAAUGAUUGGUCUUACUAAAUAAAAAUGUUAAUAAAUUAUGAUUUUUUAAAGGCUAUAUCAAUGAUAAUUCAAGUUUAAUUCGAGUUUUUCUUUUUAAUAUAUUAUAUAAACUUGGCUUGGACAACUUUGGCAAAUUAAGAAAAAAAUGUGAUCUUUAGAGAUAAAUGUCUGGGGACUCCAUAAAGAAAUAUAGUAUAAUGCAAACGAAAAAAAAUCAUACAAAAAUUCCGAAUCAUAUUAUACGUGAGUAAUACUUACAUACUUGUAUACUCAGAUAGGUAUGACGGCAAUUUAGGAAAAGUCCUUCAAAAUUCAAAUGCUAUUUAAACAUAUAGUUGGUUGUUUAGCAAAAUAAUACGAAAAAAUUCAAAUAAGUUAAUAAUGCAAUAUAUUUGUCAUUUAAAUAAUAUUGACAAAUUAUAAAACUGUAAAUAGCUAAGUUGCUCGUUUAUAGCAUACGAUCAUGAUGGAGAUUUGUAUGUGUAUACAAUUGUAAAUACAGAGUAUAUAGGAUUUUAUGUAUAAGUGCUUAACAUCAAUUAACCUAAUCUUAAGUAGAACUCCUAAAGAUUAAACAUCGAAACUAAACAAUAACUAGAAAGCAAAAUUAAAGUAAUAUAUGUGACCAUAAACUAAUAUUCAAUGCUUUUUACAUUUAUCUUUAUAAAUACAUAACGAUAAACACACAUUUCUUCAAAAAUCGAAACAUUUUUACUUUUACAUAAUUACAUUUUUUUCUUAGUUUUUUUCAUAAAUUCCACAUGCUAUAUGGUAUGUAGGUUAAUUCUAUCAUUCCUUUGAAAAAGUCCUGCCAAGUCCUUGUAUAACUUUCGAAAAUUUUUUUUAGAAUAUUGUACAUAACUGUAUAUCAGGUGAGAACGAACUGACAAUUAUUAUUAUUAGGCCAGGGUAGACAAUUUUUGAAAGCAAAAAAAAAUCAUGGUGGAUUGAAACCCAUUGAGGUUGAAUUUUUAAGAGUUAAGGACGGUUUAACUCGAUUUCUGACAAAACUACGAGUCAUAUACAAAAAAAUUAUACGGCAAAGUUAUAAGAAAGAUUAUACGAAACAACCAAGCAAUUAUGUUCAGUUUUUACAAGAAUGAUAGCAACAAGAUUGCGCCUUCGUGACGUAAUAAAUUUAAGAAUGAGAAGAGGCAACAUAGGAAACUAUCAAAUGGCUUGUAACUCAGAAAAUGUAAUAUAUAUAUAUAUUUCUAUGUAAAUAUAUAUAUUUUACAUUCGCUGUGUAACUUGUAAACAGUUUUUCUGUUUCCUCUUUUCAUUCUUAAAUUAAUGACGUCACCGCUCAUAAUAUACCUCAGAAUAUUACUCAUUUUGAAUUACGUUAGUAAUUAAAUUUUCAUUUGAAAAUAUUUUUCAAAAACUUAAAUAUAGUUUGAUUUGUAGAUACAGAGAUAGAGGAAUUAAUGUCAUAAUAAAAAUCCGAUAGGCGUGGCAGCGCCCACUUUUAGAUGAAAUUUCUUAAAUCAGAACCACGCCCACUUAUUAUGUAACACCAUUUCCAAUGAGAAGUUUUCCAUUUGAAAUCAACAAAGAUGUCGAAAGAAAACUUAUAAACAAUAUUUAUAUUAUAAUAAUUAUAUUUUAAGCGAUGAAUACAGAUUGAGACAAAAGUUAAUGCUAUCUGAGGAAUUUAUCGGGUGACAAAACAGAGAAGAAAAAAAUAUAUUUACUAACACAUACAUAUAUCUUGAAGAAUAAACAGCGACAUGAAAAGGUAUAAAGAGGUCCGAUUUGUUUAAAACCAAAAAAAAAAAAAAAAAAACGUUAACAUCGGUUGUUCGAAAGCUAAAACGCCUCACAAUUAAAAAUGUUUCCAUACAAAAACUUGAUUUGGGUGGGUCAGUUUAUAUGUCAGCUAUAUAGCAUGUCUGAUCUGUUAAAUUCAUUUGGAGAUUAGGACAAUAAUCCAUGACAAGUUUCGUGAAGACAUCAUGUCGAAUAAAAAAGGUUUUCAUACAAGGACUUGAGAUU